GAACUGAGGAAACAUAUUUAUGAAACGCAGAGUGUCAUGAGGACAAGCUGUGACAUUUACAAGGAGAAAGGAGAUUACUAUUUCCAAAACGAGCUCCUCAUGAGUUUCACCAAGAAGAUGCCUCAGCUGACAUCAGCAGAGCUGAUCAAAUUCACCAAGGAAAUGACAACCAUCGGCUCCAAAUGCUGCCAGCUGGGCCAGGAAAAGCUGCUGCCUUGUGCCGAGGAACACCUGGAUCUGGUGCUUGGGGAAAUCUGUAGGAGACACCUGGCUGAUCCCAUAAACCCCGGAGUUUGCCGCUGCUGCAGCAGCUCCUAUGCCUUCAGGAGGCCCUGCAUAGGCAAACUGGAGAUCGAUGAGAGUUAUGUGCCCUUAGCACUGACUCCGGGCCUGUUUGCUUUCCAUGGAGACCUGUGCACCUCAGAAGAGGAGAAGUUACAGCACAGGAAGCAGGAGAUGCUCGUCACCCUCCUCAAGUACAAGCCACAGAUCAGCCCCGGGCAGCUGGGCUCCGUCACGGCCGCCUUCACUGCCAUGAGGGAACGGUGCUGCAGAGAGGCCAACCCUGAGGCCUGUUUCCUCAAAGAGGGUCCAGAACUUAUCAAAAGGAGUGAGAAAAUGCUGUCAGCAUAAGGAGCUGCACAGCCCAUGGGAAGGUCCUCGCUGGAUGACAGGAAGUGACACACACUGCACAGGGAGCAUUUAAACCAAACCAAGUGUCUGAAAGCCAGGUUAAUCUAGAGGGAGGCUGCAUGCCCUUAAGUAAUUCCAGCAAAACAAUCAGUUAAGUGAUGGAAAUUCAGGUUUUGACUGUGGCCACCAUCUCCUGGUAUGCAAUGUUAUUUUAUUACCCCAAAUAGUCACAGACCAAAGGCAUUUUAAAUCUUAAGCUUAUAAAGCAUAAGUGCAAAUGAGAUCAAAUUAAGAAAAUCGGCCUGUAACCAUUCUAACUUAAUCACUGAAUAAUUAUUUUUGCAUUUUUAUAACAAUGGCCUCAAACUACAGCAUAUGCACUCACCAAUAUGGGCUGCUCGGGAGCGCUGUAAAGUUACCUUUAAACAGAGAAAAAUAUUAUCUCUGGCAUCCCAAAUAAGGUGAGAGAGAAAAAAAUAAGUAAAAUGUCCCAAAAAGGACAGGACAGGGACUGCUGAAACACCUGGUCAGCAGGGAAAUGUAAGAUCUCAGGUAAGAUAUAAGCCUUUUAAUGACUGUCUCUGUGAUUAAUGGCUUUGGGCCCAAAUGCAAGAGGGACCCCCACCUCCUCUGGCACCCAUGUGUCAUUGCUGUGUUAACACGAAUGUCCCAUAAUAAUCUGGAAUAAAUUCUUCCCCUGCUCUUGUA